AAUGUCCCUACGUGUCUUUCUCAUGGGUUUGAUUGCCUCCCGCGGUGCAGCACAAGUGAAAAUGGCGAGCUGGUGUGUGAGAGUGGUGAGACAGAGCUAUUCUGUCGUAGCAUCUCCUGUGGUUUUAAGGGCCUCCCCGAGGUUGCUGUGCACUGCGGCUCAAAAGAAGAGCAAUGGCCAGAACUCAGAAGAGGACCAAAGUGUAGCACAGAAAACAGAGCAUAGUCCUGGUGAGACAGCCUGGACUGAGGAGAAGACCAAGCUGGAAGAGCAGCUGAAGGAAAUGACAGACAAGUAUAAGCGAGCCCUUGCAGAUACAGAGAACUUGCGGCAGAGGAGUCAGAAGUUGGUAGAAGAAGCGAAGUUAUAUGGUAUUCAGGGCUUCUGCAAAGACCUGCUGGAAGUUGCUGAUAUCUUGGAGAAAGCAACAGAGUGUGUCCCCAAAGAGGAGAUCUCCCCACAGAACCCCCAUCUGAAGAACUUGUAUGAAGGACUGGUCAUGACUGAGGUUCAAAUCCAGAAGGUGUUCACCAAGCACGGCUUAAUCAAGCUAAACCCAGCUGGGGCCAAAUUUGACCCCUACGAACACGAAGCUCUAUUCCACAGUCCGGUUGAAGGAAAGGAACCGGGCACAGUAGCGCUGGUCACCAAGGUGGGAUAUAAACUGCAUGGGCGCACUCUCAGACCUGCCCUGGUAGGUGUGGUUAAAGCACCAUAGUGUUUCUGAUUGUAUGAACAAGGGUUGUACUGUUAUUUGUUGGCGAACAGAUUUCAUAAGUGAUGAUCAGUUGAUUGUCAGAUUGAUCAGUGUACCAGUGUAGGUCCAACUUGUGUACUGUUUUAUAAUUUGUAUUCUGUAUACAAAUAUGUACAGUUUACUGUGUAUUUAAGUACAUCAAUAAUUUAAUUUUAUAGUUUGAUAUUUACAUAUUAAAAUAUAGCUAUACAACAAAACUUUUUUUCGGACUGCUUUUUUUUGGGGAGGGGGGAGGGGGUGGCCCUUAACGUCAAACAUACUAUAUGGGCUUCCGAGUGGCGCAUCCAGUAAAGGCUCUCCACGUGGAGUGCAGGAUGCGCUCUAUAGUCUGGACGUCACGAGUUUAAGUCCAGGCUAUUCCUUUGCCAACCGAGGACAGGAGUUUCCAGGGGGCGGCGCUCAAUUGGCCGAGCGCCGCCCGGGGGGGAGGGAGGGUUAGGUCGGCCAGGGUGUCCUCGUCUCACCGCGCACCAGCGACCCCUGUAGUCUGGCCGGGCGCCUGCGGGCUUGCCUGUAAGCUGCCCGAGAGCUGCGUUGUCCUCUGACGCUGUAGCUCUUGGGUGGCUGCAUGGUGAGUCCGCAGUGUGAAAAAAAAGCGGUCGGCUGACAGCACACGCUUCGGAGGACAGCGUGUGUUCAUCUUCGCCCUCCUGAGUCAGCGCAGGGGUGGUAGCGGUGAGCUGAGCAAAAUAAAAUAAUUGGCGAUUCCAAAUUGAGAGAAAAUAAUAAAAAUAAUUGGCAAUGACUACAUUUAUAAAAAAAAAAUAAAACAAACACAUACAAUUUGAAAUUAAAUCCAUUAUUUUACAAUCUCCGUUGUACCUGCUGCCCCCACCCCAUAAUAUAUUUAGAAAUACACUGCAAAACGUACCUGGCUGAAAAAAUAUCUGGUUUUGUUUUGACAUUCCAAUCUGUAACUGAAGGCACUUACCUGUAAUUGUAUUAGCAAUCUAACUCAAUGAAAAAAUUCAAUGUUGAAUUAACAGCUGUACUAAAUAAACACAUCCUCAGGUGUCAUUCUGAUUAUUAAAUAUG